AUGAGAGAAGGGGCGCCGCAGGGAGCUCAGACCGAGGGCGAGCGGAGAGUGCGGAGAAGUGGGGAGAGCGGGGAGGGCGCGGAGCGGGGCGCCGGAGACCGGCAGGAAGUGCCGCUGGGCCGCAAGCUGACCUACUUUUCUUGGGCCGAUUUGUUUGCCGCCAAAGCUACUGUGGAGACAGCCCGGUGCUCGGUGAGACUCGCAGGAAGCCAAGCCGGAUGCCGGCCGCGGUCUCCUCCUCCCUCGGCGCAGAGGGCUGUCAGUUUUAUCCACUCUAGCUUCCUGGGAAAAGCCGGAAUCCCUUCGCAGAGCUGA